GUCUACAUGCUCAUAUUUGGUUAUAGUUAUAGCGCCACCUACUGGAAACAGAGUCAGUGCUGGUUUCAUCAUGAAUGACACACAAACAUCCAGAGAUGAAGAUGUUUCUCCAGGAUGCAGCUCAUUUCAACAGAUGAGAUCAGAAGCAGAGCCCAGCUGUGUGUCUAUGAGGAGUGACAAGUCUAUGGAUCAAAUAAUAGACUUUAAGAGUGGAUAUACACAGACUGAUCUCAGUUCAUUUCAGCAGAAGAAUUUAGAACCAGAGCCCAGCUGUGUGUCUAUGAGGAGUAACGCAUCUGUGAAUCAGACAUUAGAUUAUAAGAGUGAAGAUACAAAGACUGAUCUCAGGCAUGAAGUCCUCAAGACAUUUAGAUCAAAUCUGAUGAAGAAGUUUGAGUGUCUGUAUGAGGGAACAGCGACACAGGGAAACCCAACACUCCUGAAUGAGAUCUACACAGAGCUCUACAUCACAGAGAGUGAGAGUGGAGAGAUCAGUAAUGAGCAUGAGGUGAGACAGAUUGAGACACAAUCCAGGAGAGCAGCAACAGAGGACACAGCCAUAAAAUGCAGUGACAUCUUUAGACCUUUACCUGGACAAGACAAAGCUAUCAGAACUGUGCUGACAAAGGGAGUCGCUGGCAUUGGAAAAACAGUCUCUGUGCAGAAGUUCAUCCUGGACUGGGCUGAAGGGAAAGAGAAUCAGGAUGUCCAGCUCAUAUUUCCACUUCCUUUCAGAGAAAUCAACUUGAUGAAGGACAAAACACUCAGCUUUUCAGAUCUUCUUCAUGUCUUUUUCCCUGAAACUAAAGAAAUGGAAAUAUCCAGCGAUGAAUAUAAAGUUUUGUUCAUCUUUGAUGGUCUGGAUGAGUGUCGUCUGUCUCUGAACUUUAAGAGCAAACUGAAACUGUGUAAUAUAUCUGAAUCAGCCUCAGUGGAAGUGCUGCUGAUGAACCUUAUUGUGGGGAAUCUGCUUCCCUCUGCUCUCAUCUGGAUCACCUCCAGACCAGCAGCAGCUGAUCUCGUCCCCUCUGAGUCUGUCCAUCGAGUGACAGAGGUACGAGGCUUCAAUGAGCCACAGAAGCAGGAAUACUUCAGGAAGAGGAUCAGUGAUCAGAGUCUGGCCAAUACAAUUAUCUCACACCUGAAAUCAUCGAGGAGCCUCUACAUCAUGUGCCACAUCCCAAUUUUCUGCUGGAUUUCAGCCGCUGUUCUAGAGAAGAUAUUGAUUCAAGCAGAGAGUGAAGAGAUUCCCAAGACUCUCACUCAAAUGUACACACACUUCCUGAUCCUUCAGACCAACAUCAAACAUAGGAAGGACUAUGAGAAGAAAGUGACAGAUGAAGACAUGAUCCUCAAACUGGGGAAAGUGGCUUAUCAGCAGCUUGUGAAAGGCAACCUGAUCUUCUAUGAGGAAGACCUGAGAGAAUGCGGCAUUGAUGUGACAGAAGCAUCAGUAUACUCAGGAUUGUGCACUCAGAUCUUCAGAGAGGAGUGUGGCUUGUAUCAGGGGAAAGUCUUCUGCUUUGUUCAUCUGAGCAUCCAGGAACAUCUAGCAGCUCUAUAUGUGCACCUCUCCUGUACAAACCACAACAGAAAUGUGUUUGACCAAAUCACCAAACAGAGUUUGCAGUCUAAAGUUAAGGACUCGUUUCGACUCAAUUCAUCAGAAUAUGUUUCAUUAUCUGAGCUGCAUCAGAGAGUUGUGGAUGAGGCUCUAAAGAGUAAAAAUGGACAUCUGGACCUUUUCCUGCGGUUCCUUCUUGGUUUGUCAGUGGAGUCUCAUCAGAUUCUCCUACAAGGACUAAUGAAACAGAUAAAAAGUAGCUCUGAAAACAAUGAGAAAACAGUUGAGUACAUCAAGAAGAUGAUCAGGACCAUUGACUCGCAAGAGAAAUCCAUCAAUCUGUUCCACUGUCUGAAUGAACUGGGUGAUUAUUCACUAGUGGAGGAAAUACAACAGUAUCUGAAAUCUGGAACAAUAAAGGAAGCCAAACUGUCUUCAUCUCAGUGGUCAGCUGUAGUUUUUGUGUUGUUGACAUCAGAGAAGAAGCUUGAUGAGUUUAAUAUUAAUAAUUUUUUUGGAGGAAGCAAUAAAGCUGAAAAAUUUAAAGUUCUCCAGAAGCUGCUGCCUGUGAUUAAAGAAUGCAGAUCAGUUCAGUUAAGGGAUUGUGGCAUCACAGAUGAAGGAUGUGUUGCUCUGACUUCAGCUCUGAGAUCAAACCCCUCACACCUAAGACAACUGAAUCUGUCUUGGAAUAAAUUAGGAAAUUCUGGAGUCACGCUGCUGUCUACUGGACUGGAGGAUCCUCACUGUAAACUGGAGAAACUGUGGUUGAGUGAUUGUGGCGUCACAGAUGAAGGUUGUGCUGCUUUGGCUUCAGCUCUAAGAUCAAACCACUCACAACUGAGAGAACUGGAUAUGUCUUGGAAUAAACUAGGAGAUUCACUGAAUCUGUUCUCCUAUGCACUACAAAGUCCUCACUGUAAACUGGAGAUACUGUGGUUGAGUAAUUGUGGCGUCACAGAUGAAGGUUGUGCUGCUCUGGCUUCAGCUCUGAGAUCAAACCCCUCACACCUGAGAGAACUGGAUCUGACUGGGAAUAAACUAGGAGAUUCAGUAAAUCUGUUCUCUGAUGUACUACAAAAUCUUCACUGUAAACUGGAGAGACUGUGGUUGAGUGAUUGUGGCAUCACAGAUGAAGGUUGUGGUGCUCUGACUUCAGCUCUGAGAUCAAACCCCUCCCACUUGAGACAACUGAGUCUGUCUGGGAAUAAAGUAGGAGAUUCUGGAGUCACACUGUUGUCUGCUGUACUGGAGGAUCCUCACUGUAAACUGGAGAUACUGUGGUUGUGUAAUUGUGGCAUCACAGAUGAAGGUUGUGCUGCUCUGGCUUCAGCUCUGAGGUCAAACCUCUCACACCUGAGAAAACUAAAUCUGACUGGGAAUAAAGUAAGGUUUAGUUCAAUAACAAACUACACAAACUUGAAAUAUGAUUCUUAUUGUGUCAUUGUUCUUUACAGGUUGAGUAAUUGUGGUGUCACAGAUGAAGGUUGUGCUGCUCUGGCUUCAGCUCUGAGAUCAAACCCCUCACACCUGAGAGAACUGGAUCUGUCUGACAAUAAACUAGGAAAAUCAGGAGUGAAGUCACUCUCUGAACUGAAGGAUGAUCCAGAUUAUAAACUGGAGACAUUAUACUAUUGACUCUCGGUAUUCAGACGUCAGUACAGUUUCCUCAGGAUCAGCUGCUGGUGAAUAAGGAGCUGCUACAGAGACGUCACAGUCACACAAUCACCAGAGACUGAAGACUUUUAUGUGUGUUGUCUUUCACUGUCUUGUUUUAUAGGUAAUGGCCCAUGAAACAGAGUCCAGAAAAUGAGCAAUUUGGAAUCAUGUUGGAUUUACUAAAUAAUGACUAUAUUGUAGAUGCUGUAACACUCAAUACACACUGCAAACAAUGCUAAUUUAUUGUGCAAUAUGGACAACUUUGAUCAGGGGUGUCUAAACUAGAAGGCCACUUUCCUGAAGAGUUUAGCUCCAACCCUAAUUAAACACACCUGAACCAACUACAUUUACACUUAGUCAUAUAUAUAAUACACUCUCAUAAGCGCGCACACACACACACACACAAAGAAAAGCAAUUAG